UGUCCUAAACUUUUCUCUCAUUGGCAGAGAUGAGCUUCCUGCUCUUCUCUAUUCUAUGGCUCUCUAGAGAGAUAAGAGAAAAAAAAAGCUAAUAAAAAGCAAUUCCACAAAGAAAAAAAAAUUGGAAAAAAAAAGAAGAACAGUAUGAAUGGUAAACAAUGUUGGGUUAGUGAUUGAAAUUAAAAAAAAAGGGGGACAAAAAGGCUGCGGACAGACAAGGCGAACUCUCUUUUCCUUUGGGGGAUUCUUCCAUGGUAUAAAAUUCCUUUGAUUCUGUUUCUUUGAGAUUUGUCUUUGUCUUGCGAUUACCGUUUUUCGUUACUCGAGAGGAAUCCUGGGUUUUGGUUUUCUCUGGAUCUCCUGUAACCCAUGGUGUUUCCAUGUCCGAAAGCUCAGAUUUAGAGGGAUUUCCUUAUCUGGGUGUUCUGAUUUUCGGGAAAAGUUUCUAAAUUUUUUGUUUCCAAUCUAAGAGGAAGGCGGGUCUUUACUGGUAUUUCUGGAGGUAGGCGGUGUUUAAAUGGGGGUUUAAGCCUUAAGGUGUAUCGUGUAUGGUAGAGUUAGGGUUUCUUAGGUGACGAAAAUGGCUACUCAAUCCAACUCUGGAUUCCAAAGGGAUGGGAGUUUGAGUUCUAUGGUGAGCCGUCACGCCAUUAAUUUCCAAUCCGGAGCCGUGAACAGCACGUCUGAUAUGAUUCCGAUGGGAUCUUACUUUGAUCCAAGCAGUGGCAUCUAUACGCAAAAUUUUCCAGGGAAUUCUGGUAUGAACGUGAUCAAUGCCACUCCUUCUGGAUUGCUUCAACCUGGGAAUUCUUCAGCUUCUUCUCUACUUCUUGAUUCGGUUCCCAGCCUCAAGAUUGAUGCUUCUUUGGCCAGCGAAUGGUCUGCCGAGGAACAAUACAGAUUGGAGGAGGGCUUAGAAAAGUAUAGAGACAAGCCGAGUAUUAUGAAGUACGUAAAGAUCGCUGCUUCAUUACCAGACAAAACUGUUCGGGAUGUUGCCUUGCGGUGUAGGUGGAUGACAAGAAAGAGAAGAAAAGCCGAAGAGCUUAACGGUGGAAGGAAGAUUAGCUCUAGCAAGGACAAGCAAGUGGAUUUGUCUCCAAAUGUGAACCUACCUUCAGUUCUGCCUCAUAAUAUGGCUUCUUACCCUUUCUUAAUGCCCCGUGCAAGUUCCAAUGAACAUAACAUGUGCAAAGAUUUCAGCGGCAAUGCUAUACAUCUCUUAGAGCAGAACGUACGAGCUUUUAGUCAAAUUAGAGCUAACCUCUCCUUAUAUAAAUUACAGGAUAACCUCGAUCUGCUUUGCCGGACAAGGAACAACCUUAUCACUAUCAUCAAUGAUAUGAGUAAUAUGCAUGGCAUAAUGAGCCAGAUGCCACCAUUGCCAGUCUCAAUUAACGAGGAUCUUGCGAGUAGUGUAUUGACUAAUAUUACAACUCUGACGAUGCCAUUCAACACCAUGCCGAGUGGCAUCCAUAUGAAGCAGGAGCCUCUGGGCUGACUGGGAAGUUCUCAAUGGUUCAAAGACAGCAUUUAACGCAUCUGGUUUGUUCAUGUCUUGAGAAAUUUCCCCUUACCUGUAAAUGUCGAAGAAACCAGAAGGCAAUGUAGAAGGGGCAGCUCAUCUUUUUCAUCCACCACCUUCAACCACUGCAAAAGUUUGUAGAAAAUCUGAUUCUUUUUCUGUAACACCAAAAGGGUAUCCAUCUCGAGCCUCGAGACAGUUGAAUCCUUCAUCAGGACAUAAUAAAGAAGAAGUUGAGUUUGCGAGUUCCGAUCGUCUCUCGGCUCUAGAGGAACGGAACGAAACCCGUGUUUCCGGGCACAAGGUGAGAGAACUUGUGAUGUGUAUAGAUGAUUGAUUCUAUGGGACAAAAAAACAGGAGCAUGUCUGAAAAUCGGAUCUGUGAUCAAUGUUUUGCCUCAAUAACAGCUUUCAUCUUCUGUGUGUUCUUGUUUCAUA